UGAAAAAAUCUACAAAUUUUUUAUUUAAAGAAAUCAGCACACAGAAAUUUAUUAAAAUGUUUGAGAAUCGUGGUAGUGAUAAUCGCUCAAAUAUGUCAAUGAACCGUGGUGGCAGCGGCGGCGGUGGUUUCCGUGACCAACAACAACGUUCGGGUGGUCCUGGACCCAUGCGCCACGGUGGUCCCGGUGGCGGCAUGCAACAUAAACGACCAACACCCUACGGUCGUCCCCAACAAAAUAAUCAAUACAACAAUGAUCGUCGUCCAUACGACAAUAAUAAUUCCAAUUCUCCUGGUCGUGUUAAUGGCGAUAAUCUACCCAAUAUUGUUUGGUCCGAAUUGAAAUUAACACCCAUUGAAAAGAAUUUCUACAAACCAUGCGAUGCUGUUGCAGCUCGCCCCCAAGAAGAAGUUGAUGGAUUUUUAUCGCUCAAUUCAAUUACCCUAAAGGGAUCAAGUAUUCCCACACCAAGCAUGGAAUUCGCCGAAGGUGGCUUUCCCGACUAUGUCAUGGAAAGCAUCAAACGUUUGGGUUUCUCUAAGCCCACUGCAAUUCAAGCUCAAGGUUGGCCAAUCGCUCUUAGUGGGAGAGACAUGGUGGGUGUGGCUCAAACCGGCUCGGGUAAAACGUUAGCAUACAUCUUACCAGCCGUGGUUCAUAUCAAUAAUCAACCACGCUUGGAACAUGGCGACGGCCCGAUCGCUUUGAUUCUGGCACCCACUCGUGAACUAGCUCAGCAAAUCCAGCAAGUUGCAAACGAUUUCGGCUCCCAAACUCAAGUACGCAACACUUGCAUCUUUGGUGGCGCUCCUAAACACUAUCAAUCACGUGACCUGGAGCGGGGAGUUGAAAUCGUUAUUGCGACUCCUGGAAGAUUGAUAGAUUUUCUUGAACGUGGCGUAACCAAUUUGAAACGUUGCACCUAUCUGGUGCUUGAUGAGGCCGAUCGUAUGUUGGAUAUGGGUUUCGAGCCCCAAAUCCGCAAGAUCAUCAAACAAAUUCGUCCCGAUCGUCAAGUUUUGAUGUGGUCUGCAACCUGGCCCAAAGAAGUUCGCAACUUGGCCGAAGAAUUUUUGGACAAUUACAUACAAAUCAAUAUUGGCUCUCUAACCUUGUCGGCCAACCACAACAUUUUACAAAUUGUCGAUGUUUGUGAAGAGAAUGAAAAAGAUGUUAAGCUAUUGAAGCUGUUGGGUGAAAUAUCAUCGGAAAAAGACACAAAGACCAUUAUCUUUGUGGAGACCAAAAAGCGCGUCGAUGAAAUCACCCGUUCCAUUUCGCGUCAAGGAUGGCGGGCAUGUGCCAUUCACGGCGACAAGUCCCAACAAGAACGUGACUAUGUCUUGGCAUCGUUCCGUAAUGGUCGCAAUGCCAUUCUGGUUGCCACUGAUGUAGCUGCCCGUGGAUUAGAUGUCGAUGAUGUAAAGUUCGUCAUCAACUACGAUUAUCCGUCAAACUCGGAAGACUAUGUACAUCGUAUCGGGCGUACUGGACGUUCGAAUAAUACGGGAACGGCAUACACACUAUUCACCACAUCAAAUGCCAACAAGGCCAAUGACCUCGUCCAAGUGCUGAAGGAAGCUAAUCAGGUCAUAAAUCCACGUCUUAUGGAUAUGGCUGCGGCAACAUCACGUCGUGGUGGUCGCGGUGGACACAAUUCACAUGGCGGUUUCAAACAAAACAAUUACCAGCGUUUUGGUGGUCGUCAAAAUAACAACAACUAUGGUCGUCCCGCAGAUCAGCAACAACAUCACCAUCAACAGAGACCAUCCUAUUCACAAUAUCCUCCCCAGGCUCAAAUAGCUGGCAGCUAUCAGCAACACAGUUCACAGCAACCACAAGCCACCAGAACCAAUGGUCAACAGUCUAGAUUUUCACAAGCCCCUCCACCACAUCAUCAACAGAUGCAGCAAGCUCCCCCUCGUCAUCACCAAUCCGCAUAUGAAUCUGCUGCUACCGAUAAGAAGUCGCGUUUCGGCCCACCAACUGCCACAGUUGGAGGACACUACGAAUCGGCGGCAUCAUAUAUGCCUAAAACAUUGGCUGCAGGCGGCUAUGUCCAACAGGCACCUCCCCCACUACCCACAGCUGCGUAUGUCGUUCCCUCAUCAGCGUAUGCGUACCCCCCGCCCCCACUACCCGUUCAAAAUUGA